AUGUCUUUCGGGUCCUUUCUCGAUCACCUCCGGGCCGACGACACGAACAACACGAACGGCAGCACUAAUCGAAAGCGAUCAGGUGCGACAUACAAUGGGUUCAGUGCCGCUAAGCGACAACAGACUCAAGGGCCCAAUAUCAACGACGUGGACUCGCUGUUUGUGUCAGAAGGCGAAGAAGACCCCGAUCUGCAACCUGAACCCGUUUUCGAGGACGAGAACUUGGGUGAUAUGCUUCAUGCUAUUGACUUAGAAAUGGAACCCCAUCCACGUUCUCAAAUGCCUGCACCUACAGGUAACGUCACUCAAAACCGAAGUCAGACCAGCACCAAGAGAACGAAUACGGUCACAAGUCAUCCAGGUACAACCUCUUCCUCUGCACACAGGAGCACAGUCCUGAGACCGACGAAUGGCAAUAGCACAUCUCACUUCAAAGCAACUAAUCCAAGCUCUUCAUCUGCACCCAGUGCCGCAAAAGCCCAACGUCGUAACGAACCAAUCGAAAUCAAGGACGAAGCUGACGAAGCAUCCAUUCCUCAAGACAUGCAGACUGUUCCUGAGCGCGAUCGCAUCAAGAUCUACGUAGGCAGGAAGAACAAGCAAUGCUUCGUUGGACGUCCAAACCUCCUGAAGUCGCCCGUCCUGACAUCGUGGAUCACUGAAGAAGAGCCUGGUCAAAGUCCCUACAUCAUGCGCCCACAACUUCUCAAGACCGAUUUCACAGACUUUGAUGCUGUUUGUCAGUACCUCCACUCAGGUGAGUAUGCACCUUUAUUACUUGAGACCAGACCAGGUAGUGCAGCAUGGAUUCUGGACGGUAAGGAUGGGGAAGACAUUGAUGCUGAAUACAGUCGCCAACUCAUUCGGGCUGGACGCAUUCACGUUAUUGCACAAAUGUUCAAGAUUGAAGGACUUGACGACCUCGUCUUUCGCAAGGUUACAAUGGUCGACACAAAGAAGUACUCUCUGCACUCUCUUGUGAAAGUCGCCGAAGUUGUGUUCUCUGGCCAAGCAGCUAGUAAGGCCACAACUGCUGAAGGACAAAUCAAUGGUGAUAAUGGUACUGCAGCUGCCCCUGAUACAACUGACAAACUCGAAGAAUGGAUCGUUGGACAGGUUGCGAGCAAUCUUCAAGAGAUUACAAAGACUCGAUCAGAGGAGUUCUGGCCUAUGGUCAACAAGACCAAGAAGACCAUGUUCUAUGCUCGAGUACUGGAGGAGGCUGCUGAUCAGUAUCGAGCUACGGGUGGGAUGUUGCCAGAGGCUAUCGUUGAGCUGGAGUAG